AUGAAGUUUUAUAUCGAUGACCUUCCUGUGCUCUUUCCCUAUCCCCGUAUAUACCCUGAACAGUACCAGUAUAUGUGCGAUCUAAAGCACUCUCUAGACGCUGGUGGUGCUGCUUUACUAGAGAUGCCUUCAGGAACCGGAAAGACAAUUUCCUUGUUAUCUUUGAUUAUUUCUUACCAAUCCCAUUAUCCCGAGCAUCGGAAACUUAUUUAUUGCUCCCGUACCAUGUCGGAAAUUGACAAAGCUUUGGCAGAAUUGAAACGCCUCAUGCAAUAUCGUACUUCUCAGCUUGGCUACGAAGAACCAUUUCUUGGUCUUGGCUUGUCCAGUCGGAAAAAUUUAUGUCUGCAUCCUUCUGUUCGUCGCGAAAAGAACGGAAACGUUGUUGACGCCCGCUGCCGAUCAAUGACUGCCGGUUUUGUCAAGGAGCAAAAGCAAGCUGGCAUGGAUGUACAGCUAUGUGAUUUCCAUGAAAACUUAGAGGACUUGGAACCUCAUAGUUUGGUGCCAAAUGGCGUUUGGACUCUCGAUGAUAUUACAGAAUAUGGCACAAAGCAUGUUCGCUGUCCUUAUUUCACCGUUCGUCGAAUGCUUCCAUUUUGCAAUGUUAUUAUCUAUUCCUAUCACUAUUUAUUGGAUCCAAAAAUUGCUGAACGAGUUUCCAAAGAACUUAGUAAAGACUGCAUUGUCGUCUUCGACGAGGCUCAUAACAUCGAUAACGUAUGUAUUGAAUCUCUUAGUAUCGACUUGACAGAUUCUUCUUUGCGAAAAGCUACCCGCGGUGUCCAAGCUCUUGAACAAAAGGUAAACGAGGUUAAGCAAUCUGACGCAAAAAAGCUUCAGGAUGAAUACCAAAAGCUUGUAAGCGGUCUUCAAGGUGCUAAUACUGCUUCGGCUGAGGAGCAGUUUAUGACAAACCCCGUCUUACCCGAAGACAUAUUACAGGAAGCUGUUCCUGGUAAUAUCCGUCGUGCUGAACAUUUCGUUGCUUUUUUAAAAAGAUUCGUCGAAUAUUUGAAAACUCGUAUGAAAGUUCUUCAUGUAAUUGCUGAAACCCCCACUUCCUUCUUGCAGCACGUAAAAGAUCUGACAUUUAUUGAUGCAAAGCCGCUUCGAUUUUGCGCCGAACGAUUGAACAGUCUUGUCCGUGCCUUGCAAAUUGCCGCUGUUGACGAUUUUCAAUCCUUACAGCAAGUUGCAACCUUUGCUACUCUUGUAUCUACCUAUGAACGCGGGUUUGUCUUAAUUUUAGAGCCUUUCGAAACGGAAAAUGCUACUGUUCCCAACCCAAUUCUUCAUUUCUCCUGUUUAGAUGCCGCUAUUGCGAUCAAGCCCGUAUUUGACAGAUUCCGUUCUGUAGUCAUCACAAGUGGUACGCUUUCACCUCUUGACAUGUAUCCAAAAAUGCUUCAAUUUAACUCCGUUAUUCAGGAAUCUUAUGGCAUGUCUUUGGCAAGGAACUGUUUUCUACCAAUGGUUAUAACUAGAGGCGGUGAUCAAGUUUCCAUAUCUUCCAAGUUUGAAGCUCGUAAUGAUCCAAGUGUUGUUAGGAAUUACGGUAACAUAUUGAUCGAGUAUUCCAAAAUUGUUCCCGAUGGAUUAGUCGCAUUUUUUCCCAGUUAUUUAUAUUUGGAAAGUAUCGUGUCUAGUUGGCAAAGCAUGGGUAUUUUAGACGAAGUGUGGAAAUAUAAGUUGAUUUUAGUAGAAACCCCGGAUCCGCAUGAAACAACUUUGGCUUUGGAGACUUACCGUGCUGCAUGCAGUAAUGGUCGUGGUGCAGUGUUGCUUUCUGUCGCUCGAGGAAAGGUUUCGGAGGGAGUUGAUUUUGACCAUCAUUACGGAAGAGCCGUCAUUAUGUUUGGGAUCCCUUACCAGUACACAGAAAGUAGGAUUUUAAAAGCCCGUUUAGAAUUUUUAAGGGACACUUAUCAAAUUCGGGAAGCAGAUUUCUUGACGUUCGACGCCAUGCGACAUGCUGCUCAGUGUCUAGGGCGUGUACUACGUGGUAAAGACGAUCAUGGUAUUAUGGUUCUUGCUGACAAGCGUUAUGGUCGGUCCGACAAGCGAACAAAGUUGCCCAAGUGGAUUCAGCAGUACAUAACUGAGGGUGCUACGAAUUUAAGCACUGAUAUGUCUGUUGCAUUAGCUAAAAAAUUCUUGAGAAGUAUGGCUCAACCGUUCACUUCCGCUGAUCAGGAAGGUAUAUCUUGGUGGAGUUUUGGAGAUUUGCAAGAUCAUCAAAGAAAAAGUUCUAAAAUGAAGACUGUUGAAAACGAAAAACAUGAUGAAGAAAUGGAUAUUGACAUGACAUAA